AUGGAUGAGGAUGUUAUUUUGAGUAUUGACACUGUGAAUGUGACGAGCCAGCCUGGAAUUGAUUUGAGUGCUUGUCUUAAACCAGGUUCUGAGACUCUACUUGCAGAUGUGGAAGCUGAGCUUGGUCGUAAGCUUGAAAACGUCAACUGGCUCCCGGGUUUCUUUGCAAUUGCAUCACAAAUUCAAAUUGCUAGGUCUAAGGUCUAUUGUGAAGGAAAGAUAUAUGGAAUUGAUGCUGCAUCUGGAGCUGCUAUCACAGCAUUAAAUGUUUUGCCAGGGGAUCACAUUCUUGAUCUUUGUGCUGCUCCAGGUGCAAAAUUAUGCAUGCUUGCUGAACUUCUUGGCAGCUCAGGUUUGCUAACUGGAGUGGACAUUGCAAAAAGCCGUCUGGCUGCAUGCUGGACAAUGUUACAAAAAUAUGCAUUGGGAAGUCGUUGUAGGCUUUUUGUAGCAGAUGGAACAACGUUUUCCUUUUUGUCUUUGGGAACUUGCACAGAGAACCAACCAGUGAUGGAAUGGUCAUCUAGAGUACCUUGGAGUGAAAGAAGAAAGUCUAAAGAUACUAAUAGAAUCCAAUUGAAUGCUCAAUUGAUCUUCUAUGGAAAGCAUUCUGGAGUAAUUGGACUAAGAAAAGAGCAGCUGUUUCAAACUGGAAAAGAAGAGGCUAAUGAUGGUGGAUAUGACAAGGUCUUGGUUGAUGCUGAGUGCACACAUGAUGGGUCUGUUAAGCACAUCCUCAAGUUUGAAGAUUGGGGAUGGGACACUCUUCAAAGAAGACUGUUGGAUUCAGAAAGAAUUGGUUCAUUGACUCAACUCCAGUUACAGCUUCUUACUAAUGGUUUUAGAUUGCUUAAAGUCGGAGGGUCACUUGUGUAUAGCACAUGCAGCUUGACUGUUGCUCAAAAUGAAGAUGUGGUCGAGCAGUUUCUUUCAAACAAUCCUUCUGCUGAGCUGCAAGAUAUUCGUGCUGCAGAGGGUUGGCCUUGUAGGAGUGGAAGGAUUCCAAGGACGAUAAGAUUUGAUACCUCCACAUCCCGAACAAGUGGGCUAUUUAUUGCCAAGAUCGUGAAAUUGUUCUAAGACUAUGACAGUCCAUAAAUUAGUCCAUGAACGUAUUCGAAUCCUUUACUGUAAUUUCAUGUAAAUUUAGAUUAAUCAGUAGUUCAGUCAUUUUCUUCUUUACUAGUUUUUGAGAUUGGACAGCUCUGAAGUAAAUUUUACAUUUAAUUGUUCAUCGUCCCUGCAGCAUUUAAACUAUCAACGAUUCAGUAAAGAGCGUGAACUGAGCUUGUAUAUAAAUGUCACAACCGAUAAGAACAUAAAAAAACAUGAGGAUAUCAAUAAGGUAUAGGGAUAAUGAAGAGGGACUGUAUCGUGCACAGAAUAGCAAUAGCAUAAUGAUCUGUACAUUUUGGAGUUUUCUCCUUACUUUUACUGGCAAUCUUCAGGAUUCAUCUUUCCCUUAUCAAGAAUUUUGAAUCGAUCCCCGAUUCUUUCUUAAUGAGAGUCUUGGAAACGAUCCAUGUUUGAGGAUGCAGACUGUUACGUGACCAAUUGGAAGUGCCAAAUUUGUCUCUGAUUUGAACGAUGGUGAUAGUUCUAUGACUGGUGACGGUUCUAUGCUAAGUGACGCGUAUAUCUGUGUCAGUAUGUAGGUACAGUUACACACAAGUACGCGGAUACAGCUGGGUUUUAAAACUUAAUUUUUGUUUUAAUUUUGAUAGUUUCUUUUUCUUUUUCCAUCUUAAUUUUUGUUUUUGUUUUAAUUUUUAUUUUUUCUUUUUCUUUUUCCAUCCAUAUUAUAUAUCUUCCUCUUACUUUUCUUUAAUUUCGAGAAUUUUUAUGGACAUUAUAUAUAAUAUCAAUGUACCCGUCUCCUCGUACUUCUUGUACUGAACCCGCACCCUUACCCAUAUGACUUGGGUUCUAUGACAAGAGGAGCACAAGGGUCUUGGUAUUUAACAUAAAUGACAUAUGUUGAACUAAUUAUAUAGUAUAUGCAUUCAAAUCUGUGACAUUGGAAUCUGUCUUUUUGAAAACAUAAUAUUACUUAUAAAACAUGUUUU